AUGUCAGCUCAUGAUUUGAUCUAUAUCAUCUAUAGUCUUGAACAUAACAUCAGAUAUACUUCAAAUAGUAAAGGCAGGAAUCUGAGGGAUAUUGAUCUGGACCGUUGCUUUGCUGAUGCUGUGGAAAAGCCUUGGCACGAUAUUGUGCAUUUGGAUGAUAUCGAUGAUAAGGUGAAUGCUUUCAACUCCAUGGUUUUGUCAAUUUUUGAUCAACAUGCACCGGAACGUGACUUCAAGGUCCAGCGUAGACCAUGCCCUUGGUUUAAUAGGGAGAUAUCUCUACUGAGGCGUGAGAGAGACAAAGCUAGGCGCGACCAUUCGAGGACCGGCUGCGGUGUAGACUUUGUAAGGUAUAAGACUUUGAGAAACCAGUUGAG